AUGCAGCAAUAAUUUGUAUUAAAUCCAUAUAUUUCAUAGCAUUAUAGUUAUUAACUCAUUCCAGAUUUCUCAUUUGAACUACGUAGACAUUCUAUUCCUUUAGCAAUUAAUAGCUCUAAUACAAUGGUGUAUGCUAACCAUUAUAAUAAUAUUGUAGUGUUCUAAUUGAUAAAUGGGUUGAGAUAGUUAUAAUAAGUUAAAAAUCACAUUCAAUCAAAAUUACUACUCUUAAUGUCUUUAAAUAAAAUUCAGGUUUGGUAUCUGGUUCUCAUGAUGCUUCAAUUAUUUUAUGGUCUUUAGUUAUGA